UUUCUGAUUUCGGGUCACCCUGUUGUUAUGCACGCAACCGAGCCAGUCGGUUUCAGAUAAGUGUGAGAAUUUUCCUGCGAUCCACCCGUGUUUUCCAUCCUCUCAGCAUCGUGGAAGUGGUUAUUUUUGCGUAAAACCAAACUGAAGGCGAAGUAAAGAAUGGCCCAGAGCAAACUGAACGAUUUGGCCGGAAAGUUCGGCAAGGGUGGCCCACCCGGGUUGACCACCGGGCUGAAGGUGCUGGCCGCCAUCGGGGCCGCCGCGUACGGCAUCAACAACUCCAUGUACACAGUCGACGGUGGUCACCGCGCCAUCAUCUUCAACCGUAUCGGCGGCAUCGGCGACGACACGUACAGCGAAGGACUGCAUUUCCGCGUGCCCUGGUUCCAGUACCCAAUCAUCUACGACAUCCGGUCGCGGCCUCGCAAGAUUUCCUCGCCGACCGGUUCGAAGGAUCUGCAGAUGGUGAACAUCUCGCUUCGUGUGCUGUCCCGCCCGGACGCGCAUCGCCUGCCCACGAUGUACCGCCAGCUGGGCCUCGACUACGACGAGAAGGUUCUGCCCUCGAUCUGUAACGAAGUGCUGAAGAGCGUGGUGGCCAAGUUCAACGCGUCGCAGCUGAUCACCCAGCGCGCCCAGGUCUCGCUGCUGAUCCGUCGCGAGCUCGUCGAGCGCGCCAAGGACUUCAACAUCAUCCUGGACGACGUGUCGCUGACGGAGCUGAGCUUCGGCAAGGAGUACACGGCCGCUGUGGAAAGCAAACAGGUCGCCCAGCAGGAAGCGCAGCGUGCAUUCUUCUUGGUCGAGCGCGCCAAACAGGAACGCCAACAGAAGAUUGUCCAGGCCGAGGGAGAAGCCGAAGCCGCCAAGAUGUUGGGUCUGGCCGUCAGCCAAAACCCCGGUUACCUCAAGCUGCGAAAGAUUCGCGCCGCCCAGAACAUUGCCCGAACGAUCGCCAACUCGCAGAACCGCGUCUACCUCUCCGCCAACAGUCUGAUGCUGAACAUCUCCGACGCCGAGUUCGACGACAUGUCGAAGAAAGUGUCAAGCAAGAUGACAAUCGAUGAUGGCGAGCUUGACUAACCCGACUGCGCGUUGCGCCUUUUCGGAAGCGUUGUGGCUAGAUAAGUAAAGCCGCCAAUUCACCACCCAGCGUUCGUAACGUCGAACCACAUCAAUGCUGCGUUAACUGAUUAGCAUUUAUGAGGUGUCUACCAGAGUUAUAGUCGUUUAGUUGCAAUCCCUUCCCUAUCGAAACAAAAAAAAAAACUCAAAGCAUUUAGUAGAUAAGUUACCUUAUUCCAGAACAAUACAAUAAAAAGUUGAAAAACAUUCGAAAAA